CUUAUCCGUUACUACCAACACUGACACAAAUUUCCCUCACUAUUUUUUUGUGUUGACCUCGCUGCUAAAAAGCCGCGAUACUUUUGUCUUGUCAGUUUGUCACUUUAAACCGGCGUAUCUAAACUACUGUGGCUUCUCCCUACUUUUAAAUAAUCGUUUCCAUUCGCUACUAACAAUUUUUUUUCUUUCCCAUUACCUGCUUUUUCGUAUUUUCAUUGUCAAUCGUUUGUUCGUACCGAAGACUCGCGUGUGCAUAUUCGCGACACAAAUACGCGCCAACGCAAAUGUUUUUCUAUACUCUUUUCGGUGGCUAUGUACUCACUUCUGUCAUUCUUUUCAAAUAUCCGAUGCUUAUACACAAAAAAAAAAAAGUCAAAUUCACGUGUCAUCAUAUAAGUCACAGAGGUGGAGCAGGAGAAAGUUACGAAAAUACCAUGCACGCCUUCAGGAAAGCGGUAGAAAUUGGCACAGAAAUGCUAGAGCUAGACUGUCACUUGACAAGGGACGGCGAGGUGGUAGUGUCCCAUGAUCAAAAUCUUUUCAGGAGUACAGGAACCGAUAGAAACAUUCAAGAACUGGAUUACAAGGAUUUACCACUGCUCAAACCAAAACUUUCCAUUGAUUUUGAUCCUGAGGUCGAAUUCGUUGGAUCGGAACGAGAGGAGGACAGGAAAUUUGCUCUUCUCCGAGAAGUCUUUGAAGCUUUUCCAAAACUUCCCAUCAACAUUGAUAUCAAAGUCAAUGACGAUCAACUGAUAAAAAAAGUGUCUGAGCUUAUUAAGGAAUUUAACAGAGAAGAAUACACAGUUUGGGGCAAUUUCAGUGACGAAAUCACGAGAAAGUGUUACAAAACUAAUCCGAAUGUCAAUUUAUUUUUUUCGAUGCAACGUGUUGCUCUACUGAUAGUUUUGAUGUACACGGGACUGUUGCCCUUCAUUCCUCUCAAAGAAUCUCAUCUCGAAGUAUUUUUACCUUCCAUUUACUUGAGAAGGAAAGGUGGGCCAACGCCAACGUUUCUACCAUUGGAAAAGCUCGUUUGUCGAACGAUGAACGUUUUGCUAAUGAGGCCCUGUUUGUUCAAUCACUUAAGAGCCCGAGGAAUUCAAGUCUAUUUCUGGGUGUUGAAUAGAGACGAUGAAUUCGAGCGAGCUUUUGAGCUCGGAGCGACUGGCGUUAUGACUGAUUAUCCCACCAAACUCAAGGCUUACCUGAAAAACAAAGCAGUAAAGUAACUAUCAGGGAAAAAAAUAUAAGAAAUUAAUUAAUUGAAUAAUUAAUUAAUCAAUUGGCCGUGGAAUUUUGAGAACGGAGUCUCUCUCUCUCGUGUGAUCGUACAAGUGAUAAAAAAAACAAAAACUAAACAUACAAACUGAUAAAUUCGUCACGCAUUGAGGUAGUAAAGAAAUCCUUGUUAUUUCAGCCAAACUGCCACGUUACCAAUCAAUUUUUCAAAACGUCAUUAAUCAGCUGCACAUUAACAUUAGAAAAUAACAAUUAUUAGUAAAGAAUACUUCGUUGCACGCUUUUAGCUCCGUUAGUGAGAAACUUUCAUACAAACAUUUCAAACCAAACAUGUAUUUUUAUUACCGAUAAAAGUGUUUGAUUUUAAAAGCUUGUAUAAGGCAUUCUUAAUGAUAGUAAUUCAAAAUCGAUGUUGAUCCUUUUAAUCAGUAUUUCCUCUAAAAUCAUGUAUAACGAAAUAACUAUAACUGACGUGAUUUUUUGCCAAUACUCUGAAAUAAACUCGCUAGUCAAGUUAACGUUUAACUCUGACUAAUUUUAAGCUUAUCGCAGCUACAGAAUGCCAAAGAGCUUGCAUUUCAAAUCCUCCAAGUUUUCUGUUUUUCCAAGUUUUUCGUUGCAUUUUUAAAACACUAUUUUGCCCUAUCACAAAUGUACAAAAACAAAACAAAAAAUGUAACGACGAACGUUGAUGGAUUUGUAAUACAAAUAUAUUUUAUCACGUAUGUGUGUGCGAAUGUGAAUAAGGAGCCAGGAAACAUUUUUCAGAAUUAAAUAGUUAUAUUUAUCCAAAUAUACUGUAUAAUGAAACAAAAAAAACAAUGAAAAAAUCGUGAAACAAUAAAGUGAACAUUUUUUAUUCGAUAGAAA